AUGGAACCACAAACCCAGCAACUAAUGGAACUACAAACCCAGCAACCAACCGAGGAUGGAGGAAGCAACCCAGCAGCCGGGAGUAUUGCCAACACGCCUUUCAGGCAGAGUAGUACCCGGUGGACUCCCACUCCAGAUCAGAUAAGAAUCCUCAGGGAGCUUUACUAUGACAAGGAGGUUAGGUACCCAACUCCAGAGCAUAUUCAAGAGAUCUAUCUCCAUCUGAAACAGUAUGGGCAGAUUGAAGACAAGAACGUCUUUUUUUUGUUCCAGAACCUCAAGGCUCGAGAGAAGCAGAAGAAGAGGUUAAAUCAGGGUGUUCAGGUGCCCAAGAAAUCUUUCAAUGAGGAGCUUAGAGUAUUAAUUCCAUUGCCAAGCACUAACAAAGAUUAG